AUGUCUUUGAGGCGAGUCGUACUCACGGGCAUAGGCGCUAUCACGCCCUUGGGCGUGGGAGCCAAACACUCUUGGCGGCGGCUAAUUGCCGGGGCUUCUGGCAUAACGAGCGUCAAGCACCUAGAGCCGCUUGACAGGUGGCAGGAGCUUCCCAGCACCGUUGCAGGCCUGGUGCCAACUGCUGCAGCUGCAGCUGCAGCUGUAGGUGCAGGUGCAGAUGCAGAUGCAGGUGCUGCAGGCGACGUAGACGGCGGCAAGGCAUCGGGACUGUGGCGUCCCUCGGACUGGCUCGACGCUACGGACCAGCGACGUAUGUCCAGGUUCGCCCAGUAUGCCGUGGCCUCGGCUGACAUGGCUCUGGAGGAUGCCCGGUGGAGGCCGAAGACGCCUCAUGACUUAGAGGCGACGGGGGUUUGCUUGGGAAGUGGUAUUGGCAACCUUGAGGAAAUCUACAACACAGCACUGGCCCAUCAAAAAUAUGGCUACAAAAAAGUGUCACCGCUGUUCGCCCCCAAGAUUCUCAUCAACCUGGCUGCCGGUCAUAUCGCCAUGCGGUAUGGCUUUUGUGGCCCGAACCAUGCUGCGACGACUGCGUGCACGACAGGUGCCCACUCUAUUGGUGACGCGGCGCGCUUUAUCGCAUUCGGUGACGCAGACGUUAUGGUUGCGGGAGGCUCCGAAUCGUGCAUCCAUCCGCUGACCUUCGCCGGUUUCGCGAGGUCACGAUCGUUGUCGACGGCUUUCAAUGACAACCCCUCCGCCAGCUGCAGACCAUUCGAUGAGAGCCGAGACGGCUUCGUCGUUGCCGAGGGCGCAGCUGUCGUAGUGCUCGAGGAGCUCGAACAUGCUCUGCGUAGGGGCGCGCGGAUCCUGGCUGAGCUGAGGGGGUACGGAUGUAGCGGAGAUGCGCACCACAUGACGGCACCGAGGGAAGACGGAUCGGGUGCGCUGACUGCCAUGAAGAAGGCAUUGAAGCAUGCUGGAGUCAGACCGGCCGAGGUCGACUACAUCAACGCCCACGCUACCGGCACUCGGUCAGGGGAUGCUGCCGAGGCCCUUGCCAUUCGAUCUCUCAUGCUCGGUGACGAAGGGUUUGAGAGAGAGGACCAGGUGACAGUCAGUAGCACGAAAGGGUCGACUGGUCACUUGCUAGGUGCGGCUGGUGCAAUCGAGGCCGUUUUCACAGCACUGGCAGUUUCCGAGAACCGAGUGCCUCCAACGAGGAACCUUGUGAAUCCAGGGGUUGGACCAAACUUCAACUUCGUGGCAAAUCAAGCGCAGGAGAAGACACGAGUGCCGGGCGUAUACAACCAAACAUAUCGAGUCUACAACUACGCAAAUAACCUGUACAAGUCCCUUUCCAAGCAGGCGCCGUACAAAAUAGACCCCAACCAACGCAAGAAGGGUCUCGUGAAGAAGGCCGAGGAUGGAGAGGAGAUUGGCGAGGGCUCCUCGCCUUGGCAUACAGAGCUCGGUCUCCCCCCGACAUUUAGCACAUGGGCCCAGAUCACCAUGAUGCACAUGUACCUCGCCGUCGUCCGUUACCGCUGCCUGCCGCAGGACGCCUUUGAGGGCUCACAAAAGUCGCUGGUCGACGCCUUCUUCUACGAGGCCGAGGAGCGCAUGGACGUCCACCACGGCAUGAGCUCGCGGUCGCUGCGCCAGCACCACCUCAAGGACCUGUUCGUCGCCUGGCGCGGCCUCAUGCUCGCCUACGACGAGGGCAUCGUCCGCGGCGACGCCGUCCUGGGUGCCGCCGUGUGGAGGAACCUGUUCAAGGGCGACCCGGACGUCGACGUCAGAAAGGUGGCCGCCGUCGUCAGCUACAUGCGCGCCUCGCUCAAGAGGCUGGAUCAGCUCAAGGACGAGGAUGCCCUCCUCGAGAUGCACAAGGCGUUCCGGACCGACCUCAAGGGCGAGUUGCAGUUUGUUGACAUCCCGGCCAAGGAGCUCGUCGGCAUCUUGCCGAAGGCUGGAGAGGCGCAGAUCCCAGCCGAUACGGCGGCUGCGACAAAGAAGGUUUAG